AUGAUUAUCGAAGAGCUUCUAUUUCGUCGACGUCUUGACCGUCAAAUGACAGCAAUGACUUUGGCACGUGUUAUUGUUCUUAUUAUAUGUGGUUUACCAUUUAUUUGUAUUUCUCUAUAUCAACUUAAUGUAAACAACAAUGUAAAUAAUUAUAUGGAAUUAGCAAUCGUUAGUCUCUUAUUAUCAAUAACUGCUUCGUUGAUGCAUACUAAUUUUGUGAUUAAUUUUUAUGUCUUUUUAAUGGUAUUAUCACGUUUUCGUCGUCAAGCGAAAAAUGUUCUGAUAAAAAAACCUUGGCGCUUAAUUAAAUCUCUAUGUAAUAAAACAUCAACAAAUAUAUCAAGAAAUAAAGUUUCUCCUGAAAUAGCUCAACAAAGUUUUUCUGCUAAUGAACUAGAAUAA